AUGGAUAGCUCAGAGGAAAAGAACUUGAUGCCAGUGUGUGUGGCCUCGACUGUCGAGGAGAACAACAAAUCGACUGAGCCUUCUAGUGAUGGCUACUUCAAGUCUGUCCAAUGGAGUCCAGAUGGAACUACCCUCUUAGCAAACUCUGCUGACCAUCAUAUACGGUCUUAUAUUCUGCCUCCGGAUCUCUUGGAGAAUACCGCUACCCAUCAUCUUUCACCAUACUCCACGCUUCCUUCAGCAGAACCCACAUAUGCCACUGCUUUUUAUCCAUUCUACAACCUCCAAGAUCCCUCAACAACCCUUUUCCUGUCAUCUGUCCGUGAUCACCCAAUUCGACUGGCUUCAACUCUCGGCCCAGCUUCCGUGGCCAGUUAUUCACUGGUUAAUCCAACAACAGAGGCCUUCAUCACCCCACACUCUAUGAUCUACCCUUCCACACUUGGGGGAACACAUUUCCUCACAGGCUCUGACAGUAUGAUCUGUCUUUUUGACGUCUCCCGUCCAGGAGCCAGCGGACCUAUCUCAUGGAUGCCGACCAUUCCCAGCAAGCGCAAGCAAAUUGUUGGCGGAGGGGUCGGCAUGAAAGGAAUUGUAUCGGCCCUGGCUAUCAAUCCUAGUGGCGAUGGCAUUCUAGCUGCGGGAACCUUCACCAGACAUGUGGGACUAUAUAGUUCCAAUGGUUCUGGGGAACUCCUUGGCACCUUUAACGUUGCAAAGACUGAUGCAAACCGCUCUAUUGGAGGCAGAGGCGUCACUCAAUUGGCCUGGAGCCCUUGUGGUCGGUAUUUGUAUAUUGUGGAGCGCAAGAGUGAUGGAGUCUUGGUGUAUGACAUUCGAGUCACUGGGCAGAUGUUGGGUUAUCUUUGUGGGCGCAAGGCAAUGACGAAUCAACGAAUGGAUAUUGAUAUUGUUUCUGCCGGUGUUGAUAGUGCCCAUGAAGUCUGGGCAGGAGGGACAGAUGGAUUUAUGAGGGUUUGGAGGAAUCCUAUUUAUUCCGCUGGUGGACAAGACCCGGAUGGGGAAUUUAAGGUCCAUGAUGAUGCUGUUGCAAGCACCGUGUUUCAUCCUAUGGGUAAUGUGGUUGCAACUUGCUCUGGCCAGAGACACCGGGCAACAGAUGAUUCAUCCGAGGAAAGCGAGUCAGACUCGGGAACUAGCCAGGCCGAUAACACCUUGAAGGUGUGGUCGAUGCCGUUCCUUUCAACCAAUGAUCAAUAUGAAGACGCAGGCGAAGGACCAAAGCAAGACGAUUGA